AUGGAUCCCGUGAGACCCAACGUCGGUGGUGCAGGGGCACGCUCUUCCGUUCGUCGUCCCGGUUUGGCCGUCUUCGCCCUCGCCGCUACCGGCAUCGGCCUCAUCUUCUAUGCCAAAAACAACUCCAUGAGAAGGAACGAGCAGGCGCAGAAGAAGGCCGAGGGCGCCUACUACGUCAGUGUCGACCGGAGUGGCGGCGGAAUCUGA